GGUCAAACAAAUGCGGCAACAAUGAUUCCAAAAGUCUGUGUGUGUAUUUUUAAAAGAUUUCUCGUGAAAUUUUAAUAAACUCAAACAUAUGAGUCAUAAUUAAGUAGGUAUAUCUUACCUACUCCAUCCAUUUCUAACAAAAUAUAUUUUAUUUUAUUUUGGAAUGAUGUGCAGUGUGCAAUGAUUUCCCCUGAUGGCUGAAGGCUGAAGUAUGGCAGAGCUACAGCAUGGGUUCGACUACGCAGACAACGACGGAGCGAUGCCGUCGUGGCUCGAUGACAUUAUUACCAAAAAGAUAAAAGAAACUCACAUAAAAAAUGGCAGCAGUGAUUCGUCGAUGACGUUUGAAGAGACAAAUGGACUUUUUGGCAACAUGAAGCUGGAUAAUCACAGGAUAACACGAAGAACAUCGCUGGACACAACCAUGGAUCUACUGAAACCUCAAGCCCACACCAUAGCCCAUUCAGCUGGCACUGUACGGAAUAACAAAUCAUACGGCCAGACUGGGCGUCGGAAAUACAACGGCCGCAACAAGCUCGACUGGAACGAGUCUGAAGACAGCAACAACGACUUCUUGACGGAUCUACUACCACACUACGUGACGCCAAGACACCGCAGGCCCAACGCCCUGGAUAAGGACUUUGAUGACGUCAUACUUGGCUCUCGUUACUACGAACAAAAAAGCCAAAAAAAGCCCUCCACAAAAGAAGCACCCAUAUUGAAUUACCCCAGCCAAAACUCUUUGAAGAAGAAUGCAGCGAAAACAAACAUAUCAAAGAAAACUUCUUCACUAAGCUCAGUGUCCAACAAAAAUUCACACAGAGAGAAGGCCAAAAGCGAAUUUAUAAUACCAGAACUGCCCUCGGGGCGGCUAUUGGAAAUUAAGAUUUAUAGUAAUUGGGGCGAUAAAUACUUAGUUGGCUUGAACGGCAUUGAACUGUUCGAUUCUGAUGGAAAUCCCAUUCCUAUAGAAAAGGUGUGGAGCGACACUGACGCGGGUGACUCGCACGGCUCGCCGGCGUCUAGCAUCGCUGACGGCGUCGUGAGGACCAGGGACGACAGCCACUCCUGGACCGCGCCUGUGCCGCGGGGUGUCCCUCUAUCGCUCAGUGUGUUGCUGGGGAAGACUUCUCAACUGGCUUUGCUGAGAAUUUGGAACUACAACAAGUCUCGCAUCUACUCCGCGCGGGGGGUCCGUCUGCUGCAGGUGCGGCUCGACGACCGCGCCGUGUUCCACGGGGAGGUGGCGCGCGCCGGCGGCGAGCUGCACGGCGCCAUCGGCAGCUUUGGCGAUACAAUCCUGUUCACAAAAGACCCGGACAUCCUCGAGGCGAUACUCCUGAACGACAAGAACUUCCAGUCUCUGCUGAAAGACAACGACCCUCACAGCGAGUUCCUCAAGAGCAUCGAGCAUCGCCCCCCGACGGCCAACGACAGAACUAACCUGAGUCCGACGGCACCAGAGUCCUCAGAUAGUGGGGAGAAGGAACAGAAGUAUGUCGCCAAAAAGGUCCGCCUGACGCUGAUGUCUAACUGGGGACAGAAGCAGCUGAUUGGGCUUACAGGCAUAGAGCUAUACUGCAACUCCACCCCCCUCCCUAUCCACCGCGCGUACGCCUACACCUCCCCCCCCUCCGCCCCCCACCCCGGCGCGGGGCUGCUCGAGUGCCGCGCGCUGUUCAACGGGAACAACGUGACCACGGAGUUUGAUGACAUGUGGUGCACGGCCUGCGCGCCGGGGCAGGUCUGCCAUGUGGUGAUGGAGAUGGCGGAGCCCGUGGAGAUUACUAGCAUCCGCAUCUGGAACUACAACGCGUCCAUGGAGCUAUCAUACCUGGGCGCGCGCCACGUGUCGCUGGCUCUAGACGAGGAGCCGCUGACGAGCCGCCCCGUGCUGCUGCGGCGCGCGCCCGGAGACUCGUGCUACGACCACGUGCAGUGUGUGGAGCUCUGCAGUGUGGACGACAGGCUAGAAGACGUGCAAGACUCCGACACCUCCAGCAUGGACCGGCUGGUGUACGGCUCCGGUCUACUCGACGCUCCCACGGGCUUCGUGCUGCAGCUGUCGAUAUUCUCCACGUGGGGUGAUCCGUAUUACGUGGGCCUUACGGGCGUUGAGUUGUACGCGCCGAGCGGCCGGGUUAUAGCGCUUAGUGCUUCUAACGUGUGCGCGUACCCGGCGAGUGUGAACGUGUUGGAGGCGGUGUCUCGCGACGUGCGCACUCCGGACAAGCUCAUCGACGGAGAUAACGCGUCGCUAGAUGGCGCGCACUCGUGGCUCGCGCCCAUACUGCCCGCUACGCUGAACAGGGUAUUCUUCGUGUUUGACGUGCCGGUGACUGUGUAUGGAAUGAAGAUAUGGAACUACAGUAAAACACCCGCCAGAGGGGUUAAGGAGUUUGGGAUUCUACUGGAUGAUCUAUUGGUGUGUAACGGCGUCCUAGAAUGUGCCAAAAAGGAUGAACCGCCAAAAGCUCAGUGGAUCUGCUUACAAAAUGCCGACGUCGAUCUACUCACGCCCACUCCGUCGGACUCUUCCCAGCGCAUGACGACAAGCGGCUCCGCGGAGGGCGCGGACCCGGGCGCGCGCCCGCACACCAGCGUCAACGCCACGCGCCCCCUGGCGAGGAAAUCACACUAGUGUAGAGGGAGCUUUACGAACCGGGCGAGCAGUGAAAAGUAAAUGUGAAUGUGUACCUAACUGAGGUAGUGCGUGUAGAUAGUAAUUUGCCUUUACUUUUCACAAUUCGGCUAAAAUAUAGCACUCCGCAUGCACCUAUAUUAACAGGGUUACCUACUCCCAACUAGUAAAAUAAUCGUGUAGAGAACAGUGUAUAGCUGGUUGGUAUAACGGUAUUUAAGUUAAUUAAAGUCUCAUUCGUGUCGGCCGUUUAGUGGCACAACUUUGUACGCUCUAGUCAACUGAAGUUUUAACCACUGUAUUGUUCAAUUUACUUCAUGUAUAAGUAGAAAAAAUAUGAAAUGUUGUAGAUUUUACAGCCCAAAUAGCCCCAGCGUAACUGUACCCAUGUAUUUUAAUCUGUUAUCACUUCUGAAAAUUAACAAACAAUUUUUUUUUGUUAUAACUGGGUGUGGUUUAAUUUUAAAAUUUACGAUGAAGUGACGCAGCUACCAAUCAAAAUAAUAUGGUGAAACAAUAUUUCGUAAGCAAAGGUCGUAGUAGAAAAUUUGUGCAUUAAAUCAUUUAUCCAAAGCCUGUAUGGUUAAUUCAUCGGUAGCCACCAAAGGGAAAAUUUAACAAUGUUUUUAUAUUUAAUUUAAAUAAAGGUUUAGUUAUAAUAGCUAUUGCAUGCCAAGUAAAUUGUAGUAUAGUAUAGUUUAACUAACUUACAAAUUACAUUAGAAUUUAUAGGUAGUCAGAGAAAUCAUAUCUCUCUCAGGAGAAUUGUCACUCUGAGAGGGGUCAGAUUUCAUUGCCCCAGACUGUAUUUUGAUGUUGAAAUAAUCGAAAUACUUAUAAUAAUAGUUUAAUAAACCUAGUCAUAAUUUAUCAGAAUCUGCCUGAAAUUGUGAUCCGUCCUUAAUAAUUAGUGUAAAUUGUUAUUUUAACAGUGGUGUCAGCAUUUUGUACAAGGUAAUUAAAUACAGCAUUUAUAAAACCA